GAAGAAAGACUGAGAUAUUUGAGGCAGAGACUGGAGGUCCCAUUCGAUGGUUCUCGUGUGGAACAUCAAGACGCCCUGAAACAACUCUGGAGAUUGGCUUAUCAAUCAGAGAUUCCUCCUCUCAAAUCAGAGUUGUGGAAGGAGAUGGGUUGGCAAGGUUCCGACCCAUCGACAGAUUUUAGGGGCGGUGGCUUUAUAUCAUUGGAGAACCUCAUCUUCUUUGCCAACAACUAUCCUGAUUCUUUCCAAAUGCUGUUAAAGAAGCAAGAAGGGAAAAGAGCUGAAUGGGAGUACCCAUUUGCCGUAGCUGGUAUUAAUAUAUCAUUUAUGCUGAUACAGAUGUUAGAUUUACAAUCAGGCAUGCCAACUUCGAAGGCAGGAGCCCGUUUUCUGGAACUUCUUGGAGAAGAUGAAAAAGCAUUUGAUAACCUCUACUGUGUAGCCUUUCGAAUGCUGGAUGCCCAGUGGCUUGCCAAGCGUGCUUCUUAUAUGGAGUUUAAUGAAGUUCUGACGUCUACAAGAGCUCAAUUAGAGCGUGAGCUUGCCCUAGAGGACACUACCAGUAUCAAAGAUCUACCAGCAUACAACAUGUUGAAUCAAUAGCAUACCAUUAUUCCCAAAUGUUAGCUUUUUCCUUUUUUUUCCUUGUUAACCCUCCGUAUGCUAUAUGGCUAUAUUUAGGGUCACUCAUCACCAAUUUCAUCUAUGGUUGUAUUCAUACAAAUGGUGGAUGAAAUUUAUAAAUGGGGCUCUCAAAUACUGAAUCAAAUUUACAAGUACUGAAUGACGAUGUAAUCAGAAGGAAUAUACCAGGACAUCUGCUUGAAAAAGGCUGUUGCUAGACUUGUAAAUUUUAAACUAAUCGUAUUUUGAAUCUGCAGCUUUGAUACA